ACCUAACCAACCUGUCUCUAAUGCCAUCGAAGUUCAAAUCAAACCUAACCUAAUUUUAUUAUUUUUAGAAUACUUCAAAUAUCUAGUUUUAUAAAUAUUCUCGUUCAUUACAAAGUUGAAUGUUGAAAUCUCUAUUUCACACAAUGGAAUUUUAAUGUGACUUUAAUGUAUGUAUAAUCUACUUAGUAAUUGAGCUUAUCAUAAUUGUUAGCCAAAUUCCAAUAACACGUAUUUAGAAGCAAAACAAGUUAUCAAUUAUCAAACAAGACUUUGUAUUGAAACAAGAUUUUUAAUGAUCAAGAGUUGUAUAUAUAAAGACCUACGACGAUUUCUUUUUUAUACUACUAUCGAUUGACCCACGCUGUACUCCUACACCAGAAGGCAUCAAUAUGUCGAACUCCCCAUCAAAUGUCUUCGACGGCCAAGACUAUACAUUUAAGCAGUACUAUUAUCCAGUGUCAGAUGCAGAGGACAGCCUAACUUGUGUACCAGACGAGCCGGUGAAGCGAAAAUUAAACACACACUCAAAUAUCGAUGCAUUCUUUGACCAGCCAAAGAUAAAGAGGAAGAAAAACGUGUCUUCCACUGUAGGAAAAGGCUGUAAAGGGGGUGGUAUAUCAUAUAUAUCUACAAACAAAGACGAUGGUACGAAUUCGACACAUCUAAUCAAAAUAGAAAUAUUUGAUAUGAAAAAACUAUCCAAAGUUUCUGAUACAACUAAACACUGGAUGUUUGCGGAUGUGCGUGCAAAAUAUUUCGUGAUGGAAAAUGAAACAAAUAAGCACUUACAGCAAGCUAAAGAUCUCAUUUACGGAAUCACGAAGGAGAUUUCCGAAUCCGACGAGUGUAAAAAGUACCAUUUUAAUUCAAAAGUCUAAUCACUGUUGUAAUAACUGAAGUGUAAUAACUU